AUGAAUUCAAACACCAACUUACAUCCAAAUGUAAAGACUUUGCUCUUCUCAGAGAAUGAAAUUAAGGAACGUGUUCAACAGAUAGGUCGUGAGAUCACCAAGGAUUACCAAGGUUCAAAAGAGUUGGUUUUAAUUGGUAUCUUAAAGGGAUCGUUCAUGUUCAUGUCGGAUUUGGUUAGAGCAAUCGAUCUACCAGAUACAUUGGUCACCUUGGAUUUCAUGUCGAUCUCAUCGUAUGGUGCAUCCACUACAAGCAGUGGUGUCGUCAAGAUCAAUAUGGAUUUGAAGGAAGCCAUCGAAGGUAAAGACGUCAUCGUCGUAGAGGAUAUCGUUGAUAGUGGUCUCACUCUGAAGCAUCUCUUGGAGUUGUUGCAAUCACGUAAACCAAAGUCAUUGGCCACCUCGGUGCUCCUGCGUAAGAAAGAGGGUCUCAAAGUAGAGGUACCCGUCAAGUACAUCGGAUUCGACAUCCCAAUGGUAUUCAUCAUUGGUUACGGUCUCGAUUUUGCAGAGAGAUAUCGUGAACUUCCAUACUUGGGUGAAUUGAAAGAGGAAUGUUAUAAACAUUAA